AUGGUGAGGUCUCUGGACCCUGAGGACAAGCACAGUCUGAUAACAUCCCAAGAGAAAAGCCCAAGCUCCAGGCGGAAGAUUCCACGACAGUCAGAGAGGUCUUUUCCCUCACCUUCCACUGAGCAGACCUCUCAUGCAUCCAGCUACGGGGCUGCUCCAGAGAAGCGAUGGGUCAGGUGCACUUAUUUCCCCAUGGUGCGCACAGUCAAGGGGGUGGCCGUGGCCUGGCGGACCAAAACCUCGUUUGCCCCCGUGGGCAAGAUGCCCCAGGUCUUUGAGGCCGAGCUCUCAGAGGAGAGCACCAUCGGCUCUGCCCGCAGUCUGGCCAACACCGAGUCCCUGGUCAGUGCCCUGGAGCCCUGGCAGGAGCGGCCCAAGGCCUGCACCCUGGAGGCCAUCGUUCGGGGGUGGGAAGAGCAAGGGGAGAGGACCCGCGCUGCCACUCCCGAGUGGCUGGUUACCCGCAAGCGCUGCUUCCAUUCCGUGGCCUGCUGUUUCGUGUUCCAGUCCCAGGAGGCUCUGGUGGCGCAUGCGGAGCAUGACGUGAGCCAGGGCUUCAGCUGCCGGCUCUUCUAUGAGGCGCUGCUGGAGAGGCGGCUGCCGCCCUCAGCCCAGUGCAGGCCCCGAUACUGCCACCAGCUGGCCAGGCGCCACCUGAUGGCCGCCACGAAGAGGGAGAUGAGGAAGAAGAGAGCUGUCUGCAGGCGCCUGGAGGAGCAGCUGGAGAAGCAGAGAGAGGAGCUGAAGAGGCUGAGGCACCAGCUGGCGAGGCUGCAGAGGCGGGAGGGCAGGCUGCAGAGGGCGCAGGCGCGGCACCAAGGCCAGAGGGGGAAGCGCCUGAAGACCGGCUAG